CAUAAAUAGCUUAAAACAAAACGUAAUGGUUUGUUUUGCUGGUAGAAAUCACUAACCUUUGAGAUUUUAAAGAUAUGUUUGAACUGAUUUUUUUAAAUAAAAAAACCUUGUUGUCCUAAAAAAGGGCAUGGUACCUUGAAUACUAAUAUAUUUGUGAAAUCAUGUGCCAGCCAUGAGAGAGUACAUGCUGAUAAAAGCUUCUAUAAAUCUCAUAUGUCCAAAGGUUUUAGAUGGCGCAUUUCAGUUUUAAUUCCCCAGUCCAUCAUGCAAUUUCUUACGAUGACUUUGGACUGUAAAGCAUUGCCCAUAUGGUGCAUUGUGUAAGGAAUUACUCAAAGGUAUGUUUAAUAUAUUCCUUUCUUUCCAAGGGAAUGAUGCAACAGACAUUGUUGAAAAUGAUACUUCAGUUUAGACUAGAAAUCCUUUUUUUUUUUUUUUUUAAGGACAUGUCUUGAAUUUAUUUAUAGGAACAGCAAUUGCAAUGUAAUAUUUGUCCAGGUACGAGGGUGCAGGGGGAUUCAACAAGCAACAUACUUAGAUAGGAAAAUCAGAAUAAUUAUUUAGAGAAAAUGUUUUAAUUUGAAGGGGGGGAGGCUAAACUUUUAGCAAAAUAAUCCUGUUUGCAAGGAACCCAUCUUUGUGUAUUACAAUGCAAUUCACCACAUUAUUUCUUCUUGGUUGCUAUAGAAACUAAUUCUGGUGCAGCUGUGAUCGCCUAUCAAAAUUCUAACAUUACCCUAUGUUACAAUACACAUUUCUUACUUCAAAGUAAAUUGCAAUAUGGUGUCUGGUUAAACCAUGUACUUCAUCAUUCAAGAAUUGUUGAAUGGCCAAAAUGAUAAUGCAAUUAUGUUUCUGAAAACUGUCCCUGCCUACUUUUUUUUGCAACUUUGUACAAGAAAACAAGAGUGCUUACUUAUGGUUGCUUUUAACUGAAAUCAGGCAGCUCGGGGAAGCACAUGAUAUUUUGCGAGCCCAAUCUUUGUUUCAUUUCAUGGUCAUACAUUGUUCAGCCACAAUUGUUUCUAAUAGGAGUUAAUUUGAAAGUAUUUGAUUAUGCUGUGACUUCUCUUCUGGUUUAUAAUUCUAUAAACAAACCAGUCUUCUAUGAUAACAGUUUAAAACAGCUGCUUUGGUGAAGUGGGACAAGUACCAUAACAGUGGUAUACAUGCUAUGAAAACUUGAAACAAAAUAAUCUUACUGUGAGCAUUAUAUUCAAACCAUUUUCUUUUAGAAUCUUAGAGCUGGAGAGUUGGAAGAUACACCAAAGGUCAUCUAGUCCAACCCCCUGCAUUGCAGGAAUCACUGCUUUUAAGGUAGGGUGCAGUCAGCAGUCCCUACCGACGUCCUUUGAUAAACAUUUUAAGAUAAGUGGAUUUUGCAUAGAGCCAUGAAAUAAUUUUAUUCCUGUUAUUGAAACCUUAAUAAAAAAAAUUCCAGGCAAGGGAACUUUAUAGUAAGGUUGGCUGUUGAAUUCAUGGAAGUCUAAUGAGAUUUGCAAAAAGUUAUUUACCUUCUGAUGCAACCUAUCUUAUGAUGAUAGGAAGGAGAAGGAAGGGAAGCAUGGGCAAACAGGAAAAGAAUAUGCGAUUAUUUCAAUUGCAUGUGCUUAAGGCCUAACUGCAUAUUGCAUUUAAAAUGUUACUAGCCAUCAUAUUGUGAGUUUUUUUAAACAUAUACUACCGGGCACAGAGAGAGGUGGUGGUCAGCACCUUUUAAACGGUUAAUGGUGUCCCCCCCAAGUUUUAUAUUUACAGAUCAUAUUUUCAUCCUUAUUUAAUAAUUCACAUAGAGUUCCCUACCCAGGUUUCCGUGGCAGUUCAGAUGCAUCUUAUUUAGCUACAUAUCCAUUAAUUUAUCCAUCCUGUUUUUACCCCCUUCCAUAUCGUUGUUGUUAUCAACUGUUAAUCAUAACAUUCCAAGUCGGUAGGGAAGGUUUAAAACCUUCCCACGCAGCUGUGAUCUUGAUAAAAAAAAUCCCCUCCCAAGCACAGUGUAAUGAAUAUGGGUUGCUCGUGCGUAAGUUGCCGCCUCUCCUGGCUAUGUUGCCUGGUUAAACCUUUCUGUCUGGACAGCCCUUCACUUCGUGGCUGCCUCAGUCGCUAGCAGAAUCCGUCAGUGGGCGUUUCUUAAACCUUUUCCAACAUAAAAGUUGUUUGACGCCAAGUCUCCUCCUACUCUCCCUGCGCGGAAGUCUUCUGCGCAGGGAGGGCGUGGGUAGCGGAGGACCCGUGCUCUCCCCGCUGGUGUCCGGUGAAGAGUCCUGGAGCCCUCUCGCCGAUUCCCCCAUCUGCCCCCCUUUAUCCCUGGUGUUGCGCUGAUUUGCUUCCCCAUCUGCUGAGCUGCCUCUCUCCCUGCUGGGCCCUUCUCCAGCAUCAUUUGAGAGCCUUCCCUCCGCCUCUAGCUCCGAUGUCAGUUCCCUGACACACAGUGAUUCACAAUAGGGAAAAACUCCCACUGGUACCUAGCCAAUUCAUGCUUAAUUCAUGCAAAAUCCAUAUUACUAAUGUUUUGAUUGGGUGGGGGAAAGAGAUGAAAAACGAAACUAAAUGAUAAUUCUUUUCUGGUGCAGGUGCAGCAUCUGUUCACGGAGCAGUCCCCACAGGGCUCAGUCAAGCUCCAUUUCUCCUCCUCUAGGCAGUGCAUGGGAAUAUUAUGGGGCCUUUCCUCCCUUAUCCCCAUCCAGUCUUCCCUUGUGUGAGUUUUUUCAUCUAUGAGACAUGUGCAGGUUGCAUACAGUCAUGAUAAAACACUGGAAUGAGAUAUGGGAGGCAUGCAUAGCUCUUUGUUCCCCAUAAUCUUAAGGUGGGCAAACGUGGGAGGUUGGGUGUGAAAUAAAACAGUUUUGCUGAGAUGACAUGGCUCAGAGACUAGAUCAGGGGAUAGCAAACUUUUUCAGCAGGGGGCCAGUCCACUGUCCCUCAGACCUUGUGGGGGGCCGAAUAUAUUUUUUGUUGGGGGGGGGAAUGAACGAAUUCCUAUGCCCCACAAAUAACCCAGAGAUGCAUUUUAAAUAAAAGGACACAUUCUAUUCAUGUAAAAAUACGCUGAUUCCCGGACCAUCUGUGGGCCAGAUUUAGAAGGCGAUUGGGCUGGAUCCGGCCCCCGGGCCUUAGUUUGCCUACCUAUAUACUAGAUGCUACAUUUCUUGUUUUUAACUGUAAGCUGCCUUGAUUCCCAUCAGGAAAAAAGGCGGGGUAUAAAUAAAUAUAUUAUAAGAAGAUGUUAGCUACAUAUCUUUGCAUUUAAGUACCUUGUUUUCAAUCUUGGAGACCAGGGUUCAAAUCCCUGUUCAGCCAUGAGGCUGUGUAACUUUGGGCUGGUCAUAAUCUCUUGUCUCUUGCACAGGGUUGUUGUGAGGAAAUAGCAUACGCUUCAACAUUUCUCCGAUGAAAAUAGGGACACCCCAUUCCAUAAUGAUAAUUUUACUAUUUAUACACCACACAUCUUACUCUGUUGCCCUAGCCACUCUGGGCAGCUUCCAACAUAUAUAAAAACAUUUUUUUAAAAAAACAACUUCCCUGAACAGGAUUGCCUUCAGACAGCUGGGGUGUGUGUGUGUGUGUGUGUGUGUCAAAUAAUUCCAUACCUGCCAACAUUUCUCCAAUGAAAAUAGAAACCAGGGUGGUUUUUCUAAAUCAUCUACAUCCCUGGAAAAUAGGGAAAGUUGGAGGGUCUGCUAUAACUCUCAGAUCACUAGCUGAGAGAACGCUUUUCACAGUUUCUAUAAUGCUUUUUACUAUUUUAAGAAUGCUUUUACUACUACUAUUACUACUAUUAUUGACAUCUUUGCCAGCUUGGUCUACUUCAGGAGGAAGAGUGGGAUAUGAGUUAACUGAAUGAAUGAAUGAAUGAUGGGCAGCCAGAGAGCUUUGUAUGUCACCUUGCAGGAAAUAUCAGAUAUAAAUGUAACAAAUAAAUAAAGUGUAGCUUGGGAGAAGGGGCUUAACCAUUUGUCCUCCACUAUGCCCCCACUCAUAGAAAAGCAAAUGAUACUCCUCCACCCCUCUGCUGUUCAUAUCGUAAAUCUGAAUCUGGACCAAAGUGAAGGAGUUAAAUGCAAAUCUCCCUAUUUAUAUGUUUUAAAAUGCUACACUUAAAAGCACCGAUACAUAGGUGUUGCAAUAUAUACAUCCCCUAAUAUCUUUUUUCUGAUUUGCUAUUAAAUAAUUUCCACACCUUCAAAACAGUGCCCAGUUAAUACAUGGUUUUAAAGGAUUGGCUGUUCAAUUUUUUCCCUGUUCUACUGUGCUGGCAUCAAGGGCUAGAAUUAUUAUUUUCUUACUUGCUUUUUAUUGACUAAGCCGUCCCAACAUGCAACGAUUUUUUCCGCGUAGAAGAAAUCAAAGUGGUCUUUGUUUGUAUCCCUGUAAGAAAACAUUGGAAUGUUUUAAUCGUGUGGUUUUUUCCAGAUAAGUCAUUUAGCUUCUGAAUGGAUCUUCAAUAAACCAUUUUCAGUUUUGGAAUUAUCAUACAAACAUUUUGCAGCUGUAGCUGUCAGAUUUGUUAGUAAUUAGCUACUUAUCUGCCACCUUCAAAUGGGUUGUUUAACAAGCUGUAUAAAACAGUAAUUUCAAAUUAGGUAUCUAAAAUGUUACAUUUUAUGCCCAUGAAAAUGUUGAGUGUGUAAACUAAUAACUGUAAAUAGUAAAUACAUCAGCAUUCUUUUGAAAUAUGCUUUUACAACUUCCAUUGUGACACUAUUGACUGUAAGGUGGUAAAACCAGCACUUCAGAGUAGAUUGUUCAGUACUUGUGUCUCCCCACAGUCAGAUUGUCUUCUGAUGAUUAGCUUUCCAUUAGGAAGGAACUCAUUCUGGUUCUUGAAUUGGCAUAAUAACCUUGUAUGUUUUCCCAUGUUGGUGAUGAAGCAGUUUGGGUCAAGCAAUUCUGAGCUGAAGCGUCUUCCUGCAGGAUCGGGAGAAGGUUAAAUCUCUGCCCACAUCUCCUUCAUCCACAAGCAGUGAGGAACCUAUGGCCUAGCAGUUGUUGUGGAAUUCCCAACCCCCAUCAGCCCCAACCAGCAUGACCAAAGAUCAGGAUGAUGGGAGUUGUAGUCCAGCAAUGUCUGGAGGUCCACUGGUUCCCAAACCCUGACUUAGACGCACAGCCUGCCCAGGCUGCAUUGGAUUAAAAUAAAUAGUGCUCAGCUGAAAGUUAGCUUCAGCAAUGUUUCAGUCUGAAAUUUUGGGACAGGGGACGGAGUGGCAGUCAAGGGAAAAUGACGCCAAAGUCACCCUACAGUUUACCCUUCUUCAACAUCACUUUUCUUAUGGUGCUGGCAAUAGCACUCUUCCAGCAGCAGCCAUUUCUUCACCCAUAGGAUGGUUCUGAGGUAGCUUUUUGGGGAGAGGGGUGACGGUGGUCAAGGGACGCCUUUUUGUUUUGACAGAAGCCUCUCACAGAAUGAUUAAAUUGUGUUGUUCCCAGGAGGGAUUCUGGGGAAAUAAAAUGGUAGUCGCAGGGAAGAGAGCUGGUACUAGGAAGUUUCCCUUAUCCCCAUUUCACUGCUUCUCCCGCCUCCCCACAUUUCUUAGAAAGAGAGUAAAGAAUCACGGGAUUGGUUGUAACAUGUUGCUUGUUGUGGAGUGACAGCAGAGAAAACAAUGGGGGUGGGAUGAUCGGUGGGGGGGGGCAGGCAUGUUAAAGGAGGCUUUGAAAACAUUGGAUCUAGGCACUCCUGUGUCUCCAAUCCUAGAACAGGGGGAACAGAUACCCCAGGUGUGCUGCAUGGAAGCAAUGGCAUGGAUUUAAUUUUUAAAAAUGUAGCAGUAAACCAGUGAAAAGGAGGACGAACCCACACCACUGCUUUCUGCCGUACUGACACAAGCCCAAUGGGGCUUUGGAUUAGGCGGUUUGCUCGCCUUCGAUUCUCCUUUCCUUUUGGAUUGUUCUGCCCAGCAAUCAGUUAAAGGGAAUAGGUUGUGUAGGUAGCAAAGGAGAACUGGCUUGUCUGAUUGAUGCUUAUUUCAGCUUUUGAGCAAGACAGCUGAGCUGUCUUCAAGUGAAUGUAAGUGCACUCCCCGCUCCUUUUUUCUUCCCUCCUUGUUCAUUCAUUCUGUCAGACUGCCUUUUUCUUCUGCUCCUUUCUAGUACAGAGCUGAUUACCAAUCGAAAAUCUUGUUAUGACACAUUUCUUUAAUAGGUUCUUUAAUAGGAGUUUCUCGCUUUUCAGUGGGAUUCUGGGGGUGUUACUUUCUAAACUGAAUUUUAGUUUAUUUUGUUAAGCACAAGAGAAACAAAACUUCCUCUCCACCCCCCCAAGAGCUGUGCUAUUUAUUGCUUUUGGGCUCCAAUGUCAGGUCAGCAUGGUUCACCAAAAUAUGGUGUCAUUUGUGUGGUAUGGUGACAAAGUAUAGUAACUUAGUGGAGGCAGGGGCCGGCCAAAAGGACACAGUGCAGGUAUGUGCUAACCAAAUAGUCAGUGGUGCCCAGCAUGGGUGUGCGUUAUGCUUGCAUUCAGCAUAGCUCCCGGACCCAGCCAGCUCAGGGUUAGUGCUUGUUUUACUGCUCCCUGCUCUCAUCAAAGCUGCCUGAUUCCAUGACUGCAGUAUUCAUGCAGAGGUUGGGUGGCCAUCUGUCAUGGAUGCUUUAGCUGAGAUUCCUGCAUUGCAGGAGGUUGGACCAGAUGACCUUUGGGAUUUCUUCCAACUCUACAAUUCUGUGAUUUUAUGGUCUGAUGAAACUACCCCAUGUUUUUCCUACACAACUAGCGGAGCAACCCACAAGUGCCUUCUCCUUUUCCCCAUUUUGUCACCCAGCACUACAUGUACAUAGCAUGAUUAACAAAUUUAUUAUUGUUGCCAUUACUGACAACAGUAAUAAUAAUUUAUAAAGCACCUGCAGCUUUUUAACCACUCUCAAAAGUUUUUUAAAAAACAACAACAACCAGAGUUCCUGCGUGCAACGUAUUGUCUAAUCAACGUGAUGCAAAAGGAAAUAGGAUUGGGGAGAAAAGAGGGGAGCAAUCCAACUUGGGCCCUAGUUUUUGGAGUUAUUUAAUUUUUCUUAUGAUGACCAGCUAGAAUGGAGACAGUCCAGGGAGAGGAGGAGCCAAAGCAGGCUUCCUCAAACUCGGCCCUCCAGAUAUUUUUGGCCUACAACUCCCAUGAUCCCUAGCUAGCAGGACCAGUGGUCAGGGAUGAUGGAAACUGUAGUCUCAAAACAUCUGGAGGGCCGAGUUUGAGGAAGCCUGAGCCAAAGAGAAGUUCAUUUCUCAGCUGAGCUGAUGGGGUGAGCCUCUCCUUUCUCAACCUUAGUAGCACCAAAGGGUUUCACCAAUAGAUGAAAACCCAAGGGAGAGGAGGGUGUGAAUGGCAACUGUGAAUUUUCACUGCAUUCUAAUGCGUUUGAAUGCACGUUCCCUGAGUUCAGCUUGCUUUCAGAAUUUAGGAAUGUCCAAAGUAGCAAUUUAUUUGGAAAUGAAAUCAAAACGAUUUGUCUUCCUCCCAAACAACCCAGUAAUCUACUCGUAAGGUAUAUUUAUUUUCUCGCUGCACAAGUUACCCUUCAUGUUUAAUAUAUGUUGUUUCCAUUUUGGUAGGCAGGUGGUAUAAGCCGAGAUUCCUCUGUAGCAGGAUGCUGAGACAACCCACUUCAUUGUGAAAUAACAAUGUUUGCGUACGCUCCUGUAAUCUUUCUGUUUUAAAGGGGGGGGGGAAGCGCCCCAGGUCUUCAUUAAACAUUUAUUAUUUAUCUUCUAUACUCUCUUUGCGGUGCAGGGUUAUUUGGCGAGAUGAACUUUUCCCAGCUCAAAAAUAUUAAAACAUGAAAAUUCCAUUUGCGCUCAUCGGAGUAGCAUAGCAGAAACCUCUGUGGGUAUUUAAUCAUUCAAAAUAAAGGGUUUUCUUUAAUUUUUAAACAUGUAUUUCAUUUUAUGUUUUAUUUAAAUUGUUUUAACAUUUGCCGAGAAGCCCCUGAAGUACUAAAACUUUUGAAACUUAGGUUAGCUUAAAAAUAAACAUGAAUAAUCCUGCAUGUGGAGGAAUGACAGGAGGGAGAGGGGGGGAGAGAGAGAUGCAAGUAUGCUGCUGAGAAAGAAACCAGCCAUGAUGAUUACAAAGCAUUACUUGCAAAAAUUAUCAAGCUAUACAAGGAAGCCGGAAUUGGGUUGCUCAUUGAUAACAAUAGGCCUUUUUCUGAUUAUUAUGAAUAUUUAAAGGAGCUCAUGAGAAGCUCAAAGCUAAUGUGCAAAACCAGAUUUUGGUAGAGCAGUUCUCUGGCUAGGGAUUUUGAACCUCGGAGAUAAGGCAGCAGUUUCCAGAUGUUAAUGAGGCAGACAGUGUAGGCAUGGUUCGGGGAAACCAAAUAUAGAACAAGAAGAGUUGAGAUGAUGAAGACCUGUGGGAAACUGCAAGUCGCGCAAUGGAAAAGAACCUUACUAGCAAAUGCUGUAUUUUUGUGAGUAAGUAGCAUGUAAGGCAAGGGACCAAACUUGCAACUGAAACGAAAAAGUUGAACAUUUCAAAGGAGAGAAAAAAAGAAGGAAUAAGAUGGAGCUUACAUCUGAAACAGUAAUGGUUGCAGUUAAUAUGGAUUCAAUUUGUUUCCUUCUACAGGAAAUUUGCAACCCACUUAAAUUGGUUAGUAGCAUUAAUCACUUCUCUGCUUCUUUCCUGACUCCAAAAUGCACCUUUCUUUUCUUCAUUAUCUUAUCCAGCUUUUAGAAGCAUCCCAUAUACUCAUACACUAUACUUCAUAUAAAUCCUUGUUAAUGGAAAACACUAAUUUGUUUCUGUUUUGUCUUAUGGGGGGGGGCAAACGCAGUGUGUUCAUAGGUUCUACUUGACUAUUUCUUCUGUAUGUACUUUCCAUCUGUCUUGAAAUAUAUUAGGGCUGCCAUUCUUCUUCAUUUCUUAAAGUUAUUUAAUUAAUUGUUUGAGGUUUACAGUGCAAUCUUAUACAUAUCUGUUCAGAAGUAAUCCCUACUGACUUCAAUGGGACUUACUACCAGGUAAGUGGGUAUAAGAUUGCAGCCUUCAUUAAGUAAUUAAUCAAUUUUAUAGUUGCAUAUGAAUAAGACACUUGUUUUUUAGGGGGUGGGGAGUGCCUCCUUGUUUUCAGACAAGGCUUAUAUGUGCCACAGAACACACAGUCUUAGAUGUAUUCCCUCCUGUGUCAUAGAAAAAGAAGUUGGAAUCUUCUUUUAAGAGGUGCCAUACGUCCAGAAGGGUAGACUAUGGCAAAUUUUCUUUUAAAGAACUCAACAACUUUGCCAACUGUUGUGCCUGGACUUUCACUUUUUAAAAUAUGGCAACCCGAUUCUAAUAUGCUGUUGACCCUGUGCCCUUUUUAUAUGUGUUAAUAUUUAACACAAUGUAUUUCCCUAUUAACUGGGGGCACCUUUUGAUCAAUUGAAAAGCUUUUAAAGUGAUAACUGUUUAAUCAGCUAAAUGGUGCAGCCCCCUAAUAAUAUUUAAAAUAUACUACAGUACUUGCAAAGUUAAAACAAAGAUCCAUUUAAAAGAACUUGGCUAUAUGUUUUGGAAAACGUAGCCGCAGCAUUUGGCACUCUUGAUGGUCUUUGCAGGGUCUGGACUGGGACUGAAUACACUCAAUACAGAAUCAGAACUGUAGGUGAGCUCUUAGACUCAGAACCAGGAGAUGAACUCAACUAUAGCAGUCAAGCAAGCACAUGCCUCAUAGUGACAGACUCAUGGGUAUGAUUCAAGUAUCAAGCUAGGAAAGUUAGGCAAGAAAAGAAGCCGCAAGAAUUGUCAGAAUCUUAUCAAGGACAGAAGAUCACACCUAGGAAGUACUAUUUAUGAGAAGGCACGGGUGGCAAUUUGAGGUAGAAUUCAACCCGGUGCUGCAUUGUUGGAUAGCAGAUGAGGCAAAAACUGUGAGGAUAUUGAAGUUGGGUCAUUUUGGAAGUUCAGGAUAAUCAGGGCAGGGCAAAAUAAUAUCUGGAUCCAUGGGGCAGGAGUGGUAAGGGAGCAUACCUAGAGAUGAGGGAUGCAGUUCCUUCUUCAUGCACCAGGCUCAGCACAUAACUCUUUGGAUCAGGGCCACCAUGUUUGAAUUCCUCGUAAAGCACCACCUUGCUAAACAAAUGAUGUUUUUCUCUUCCAGCCACAUUUCUUACAGAAUGAAAGCCUAUGAUAACUGUUAUUUAUUCCUAGCAAACUGCAUUCAGAGAAUGAGACAAACACCUCCUCUUGAUGAAUUGCAGCCCCCACCGUACCAAGAUGAUAGCGGCUCCCCGCAUCUCUCAUGCACGCCCUCCGAAGUUGGUGACAGCAAAUGUGAAUUCUCUCAGUGUAGCAACAGUCCAAGAUGCUCAUAUAAAUGCCCAAGCGAAGGGAGCACUGGGCAUGAAAUAGAAAGCUUCCAUAACAAAGGAUAUGAAGAUGUACCCAGUGACAGCACUGCAGUCCUUAGCCCAGAGGUAAACACACGCUCUCCCAAUUGUACCAAAAUUAUUCAGGAUAUAAUGAAGCAGCAUUGGUCCGAUACAUUACAGCUCAGUCGGGUCUUGAAAGAUGGCUUUCCCCAUUGACCCAUACAUGUACCACUUGAGACAGAGGCAGAGAACUCUUUAAGCUCCUCCUCCUGCUGAGCAUGAGAACUGAGAUGCAGCCUCUAUCAAAGCCUUUGCUAGAGUUUACAUCAGAGAGGAUGUAGUAAUACUGCUUGUUUGCCUGGAUAGAGGAUCAAGGAAUGUGUGUGAGAGUAUGUAGAAACUUUGUUGUUGUUUAGUCGUUUAGUCGUGUCCGACUCUUCAUGUCGUGACCCCAUGGACCAGAGCAUGCCAGGCACUCCUGUCUUCCACUGCCUCCCGCAGUUUGGUCAAACUCACGCUGGUAGCUUCAAGAACACUAUCCAACCAUCUCGUCCUCUGUCGUCCCCUUCUGCUUGUAGAAACUAGCCCACUGUAAAAAAGGUAAAAACCACCUUUCCCUCUGGCCCCACUCAUCACUUCCCUGUGGCCCCUGGAAACUUGCCCAGAAGAAAAGGUGGCCCCCGGGCUGAAAAACACUCCCCAAUUCUGACAUAUCAGAAGACCACCUCAGGGCCUGAAGUUAACUUCUCCUUCCCCAUCCCUGCCCCUGAGCCUUUCUUCCACCAAGUACCCUGUGGGAAGAAUAGCCAUGACUUUUUACUAUCCUCCUAGUAAAAUAUUGCGUACUUUAAAAAAGUAAUGUCACUAAUGAGCCGUCGUGGAAGGAUUUGUAUCCUGAAAGGUGGGAAAGAAGUAAUUGCAACAAAUAAGUAUAUAAAUAUAAGUCUAUUAUAGUUAGACGUGCUAACUUUUCAGUGGAAUUCUUUGACUGGAAUCUUAAUGUUUGGUACACAGAUAACACCAUCGUCAUCCACCACAACCAUAAUUAUUAGCAGAUUUGGCUACGCAUGUGAAUCUCAUUCUUACUUAUAAUUAAUAAUGUGCUUGGAUAGUUUAAAUGUACAGCAUGCAAUUAGGAAGGUGUUUUAUUUUUAACUGAGUCUUUCUUCUCACAUACCAAAUGUCACUUUGACUGGUCAUUUGACCAGUCUGGUAGCAGGGUUUUGGUUUUCUUUUUAGUAAAGCACAGGGUGAAAUAGGUGGAAAAACACUGUGGUGGCAGGGAUUACUUAUCUGUCCCUCUCUUAAAUCUGGCAUUCUGAAGAAUCACCAGGUGUUUUGAAAAAGCUAUGAUUAUUAUGAUUAUUAUUAUGAUUAUUAUUAUUAUUAAUCACCAGUGGAAGUUCUUUCCCCAGUAGACAUAGCAGGUGCAGAAGGCCUAAUCCUGAAAGUGACUAUAGUAGGGGGAAAGGGGUUAGCUUACCCUCCCAUUCCCUGUAUCAGAGCCUGAUCCAGAUCAGACCUCUAGCACAUGCUUUUAACUUUUAAAAUGCCAUGCCCACAAUUGAUAAUGUCAUGAACGGCAUCUCCUAGUCUUGCCUUAAAAAGCACAAUUUCUACAGCCCCUGCUUCUAUGUAGCAGGCUGCACAAUCCAAAAAUUGUCACUUAUUUCUAUGUUUUAUUUCUGUGUUAUUCAUUUUUAUGCAAACAUUUCAAAAUGGUUUAUUAUGUCACUGAUGAAUUAAAUUGUCAUUUAAUUCUCCAAAUCCUCCCGACCCCUUCAACAUUGUCCUAGCCAAUUCUCCCAACUGUUCCCAGACACUUUGACCUUAUUGCUAUGAACCUUUUAUUCUUGCCUUUCUCUCUUCUGAUUGGCUCUUUUCACAAGCAGUAAAAGAAGCCCUCUCAUUUUUUGUUUGACUGCCUGACAGCAUGCUGUCCUUCCUUGAAUAUUCAAAUAUCUUGUGUGUGAAAUGAACAAAAACAUCAUACUCCGUCACUGAGGACAAGCAUUUUAAUUUUAACAAUUUAUGUAAAGACACAUACUCGCGAAACCACUGUUAACAAAAUGUAUCACAGAGUGUAUCGAUACAGUUAUAGAUGUCUAAAUGGGUGUGAAUGUAUGUAAAACCUCUGCUCCGUUUCAUUUAGGAUCUGUCAGCUCGAGGAUCAUCAUCACAGCUCCCUAAAUCUUUUGAUCCUGAACCAGAAGCUAAGUAUGGCACCCUGGAUGUGACUUUUGACUACGACUCGCAGGAACAGAGGCUUCUGAUAACAGUGACAGCUGUCACAGACAUUCCAAAUUAUAGCAGGACAAGUGGAAGUUUAUGGCAAGUACACCUGGUUCUUCUUCCUAUCAAGAAGCAGAGAGCAAAGACCAGCAUCCAGCGGGGUCCAUGCCCUGUCUUCACUGAGACAUUUAAAUUUAAUCACAUUGAGUCUGAGAUGAUUGGGAAUUAUGCAGUGCGCUUUAGACUGUACAGUAUACGCCGUGUAAAAAGAGAGAGGAUUUUGGGAGAAAAGAUAUUUUACUUAACCAAAUUAAAUCUUCAAGGGAAGAUGUCGGUACCAGUGACAUUGGAGCCAGCGUACCCUAUUUCCGUGAGUAUUAAAUCAUGCAGAAAAGUGUACAACCAAGGAUUCUGAUUAGAACAGUUAUUUGUGCCACAAAGAAAUAUAUUUCUGUACAGCAGAAAAAUCGUUUCAGCGGGGCGAUGAGUAGUUGGUUUAUUUAAUGAAACUUGCUCACCCUUCUUUUCUGAUGGGGAAGGAGAGCAUUCAUUUUGGAGUUCACCUCAGGUGCCGAAAUGGCUUGGACUGGCCCUGGUAGUAGCCCUAAAACUUUGGAAUUCCCUCCCAGCAAAGGUCCAUGUAGCAUUACCAUUAUUCAGUUUUUGUCAUCUGCUAAAGACACACCUCUUUAUCUUGGCCUUUGAAGAGUGUGUGUGUGUGUGUGUGUGUGUGUGUGUGUGUAAACCUGAAAAUACUAAAUUAAUUAAAUAUUUAUUUAUUUAUUUAAAAAAAAGAUGGAUGCUAUUGUGCUUUGAACUGUAUUGCUUUUGCUGUUGCGUGUCAGCCGAGAUUCCUCUGUAACGGGAUGCUAUCAGAAAUACAGGAAGGUUUACUCCAUUGGAGACCAAGACAGAGAGAAAUAUGAGACUUCUGAUAGUUGUUUCUGUAAUAAUUAUCAUCUGAGAGGGUGCUUUCAGGAAAUGUUAAAUCUGAGGUAAUUAAUCCAGCUCAAUGUGUGCACAUCAUUUUAUCUUACAAUGUAACGUAAACAACAUGGCUCUCAUUUGUGUAAUACAAGAUGAGUAUUACUAAGUUGGAAUGUGUGAGCUCUUUGAAAUAAUGUAAGUGGCCUGUCUGAACAGAUCCACAAUGAACAACUGUUGCUCAAGUCUAGGUUUAAGACAUGGGUAGGAGGACAGAGGGGUGAAAAGAGAAGAAACAGAAUGAUUCAGCUUCCUAAGCUCCAGUUAGUUUUCCCUGCAUUUACUACACAGUUUCCUCUGGGUUCCUCAGAUAUGUGUUUAUUGUAUCACCUUGUGAGAAGCAUGGUACGAUUCUGCCAAAUGGCUUGAAUCACCUUGCAUCAGCUGCAGGCAGCACUAAACCAAAUCUUUCCCAACUGAAUUUGCAAUAAGACAGGGGAGCAUUAAAUGCUAUAUUCAAGAAACAUCUGUCUGCCGUCAAAAGACUAUAAGGACAAUGGAGCUAUCUAUCGCUUACAGGUCAUAUAGGGGCGUGGGUGGCGCUGUGGGUUAAACCACAGAGCCUAGGACUUACUGAUCAGAAGGUUGGUGGUUCGAAUCCCCGCGACGGGGUGAGCUCCCGUUGCUCGGUCCCUGCUCCUGCCAACCUAGCAGUUCGAAAGCACAUCAAAGUGCAAGUAGAUAAAUAGGUACCACUCCGGCGGGAAGGUAAACGGCGUUUCCAUGCCCUGCUCUGGUUCGCCAGAAGCGGCUUAGUCAUGCUGGCCACAUGACUUGGAAGCUGUACGCCGGCUCCCUCGGCCAAUAAAGCAAGAUGAGCGCCACAACCCCAGAGUCGGCCACGACUAGACCUAAUGGCCAGGGGUCCCUUUACCUUUACAGGUCAUAUGCUUUCUUUAUAGAAUGGAUUCCUAGAAUCAUAGAAUCAUAGAAUCAUAGAGUUGGAAGAGACCACAAGGGCCAUCGAGUCCAACCCCCUGCCAAGCAGGAAACACCAUCAGAGCACUCAUGACAUAUGGUUGUCAAGCCUCUGCUUAAAGACCUCCAAAGAAGGAGACUCCACCACACUCCUUGGCAGCAAAUUCCACUGUCGAACAGCUCUUACUGUCAGGAAGUUCUUCCUAAUGUUUAGGUGGAAUCUUCUUUCUUGUAGUUUGGAUCCAUUGCUCCGUGUCCGCUUCUCUGGAGCAGCAGAAAACAACCUUUCUCCCUCCUCUAUGUGACAUCCUUUUAUAUAUUUGAACAUGGCUAUCAUAUCACCCCUUAACCUCCUCUUCUCCAGGCUAAACAUGCCCAGCUCUCUUAGCCGUUCCUCAUAAGGCAUCGUUUCCAGGCCUUUGACCAUUUUGGUUGCCCUCCUCUGGACACGUUCCACAUUCUCAAAGAAUAGUGGAUCUACACACACACACACACAUACCCACACAUGCAAUAUUCUCUGGGGGAUUUUCUAUAAAGCUUGCAAAAAAAACAUCAUGAGGUGACUGCCAUUAUUUUGAUAAUGGGCUGUUCUUUCAGAGUACCCACACCCACGAAUUAACAUUUAAGACCACAAAUUUUAGUGGGCUUAAUCAGUAGCAGUGUGUGCUGUGGCCUCCUGUGACUGGCAUUUCUGCGGCUUACCUGGACAAGGCAGGGCAACAGUGAGGUUAGGGCUACAUGGUUGCAUUGGCAGGACAGUGGCCUGUUCCCACCCCAGUCCAGGUAAGCAGCAGUGAUGCCAGUGUCAUACUGCUACUGACCUUACAUGUGGUUAACUCUAUGCUAGGUUGUGAUUUUUGACUUGGGAUCCCUUUAUCGGGGAUGCCUGAAGACGUUGCUCUUUGUGAAUUCUGAUAGAAACUGAGCUGACCCCCCCCACACACACACCUCCCAAGCUAUUAUGCAGAUUGGAACCUAGUUAUUCUUUAGAUUUAGCACUCCUCUGAAUUUUCUGCUGCAGUUUUUCACUCAAAAAGAUGUAAAGUAUCUGAGGUGAAAUACAUUUAUAAAUGCAUAUUUAGAGAUAAAAUAUCUUCAAAAGGUAUUUAUUUAAAUUUGACUUUUGUGAGUUUUUUAAAAUCUUGUAGACUAAUGCAGAAACACAAUUAAAUGGAUUUAUGAAAGAACAUUGCUUGAAAGAGGCAUAAACCAGAAAUAGACUGAUAUGUGCCUGCUUACCCUUUAAUCAAAUGUUUGAAAAGUUUUUAUGGCUACAUUCUUACAUAGUUGUGAAGUAUGUUUGUCAGCGAAGGAUGCCGUGCAUAUGACACUAUUAGACCCUAAUGUAGACUAUAAAAAGGGUAUCUAGGCAAUAAUUUUAAUGCUCUGUCACAGCACAUUCCAAACAAAUUAAAUAAUCUAUCUUCUCAUUUUUACCCACUAAGAUGUGCUGCAUAAUUUUUAUUAGAAAACUUAUAAAGACACUGCACUGUGCAUCAAAUGAGAAAAGUGGCACAAGGGUGCCAUUCUUACCUUGCCAAAUGUCUGUUGAGGAAGUUGGAACACUGAUUUGCCAAAACAUAUAAAUUCUGUUUUGUCAUUUCAUUUUGAGAGUAUAUUAUUCACAGUAGCUUAAGUUUGGGAACAAAGCUGAUCUGUGAAUAGUGUGAUACUUUUGUUCUCAGAAUAAUUUGCCUGUGCAUAUAUUUCACAUGUUAUUUAUGAUUUGCAGAAGGAAAUUUGAUAUAACUUUAUAGACUCUGUAGUAAUAAAUUACAGCUGUAUGUAAUAAUUUUUAAAGAUUUGAGUCUCUUGAUUAUACCCAGUGAAGGAAUUAGGUUUUUCAUUUGAUUUUACUUUAAUCAGUGUUUUUUGCCCAAGACAGAAGGAGAUUUUUAAUAGUGCAUCUACCAGUUUGCCCUCUUGAGAUUGAAAAAAACAAAUUAGAAGCAAAGGCCUUUGAGAAGUUGUCUUUUAACCAAUUCUUCUAAAACUCUGAUUAGGUGCUUCAUGCAAUUCUAUAGAGUCUAUGCCAGGGGUCAGCAAACUUUUUCAGCAGACCUUGUGAGGGGCCGGACUAUAUGGGGGGGUGUGAACAAAUUCCUAUGCCCCACAAAUAACCCAGAGAUGCAUUUUAAAUAAAAGGACACAUUCUACUCAUGUAAAAACACGCUGAUUCCUGGACCACAGGCCGGAUUGAGAAGGCAAUUGGGCCGGAUCCAGCCCCGAAGCCUUAGUUUACCUAUCCAUGGUCUAUGCAGAAUUAAGAACCAAUGAGUUCUGUGUGGCUUUCUCCUAGAUAAAUGGAUAUAGGAUUGUAGAUGAGCAGAGCAGUCCUCUGCACUGGAGUGAAUUCAGACGAGGCUUCCAACUGCAUGUGACUGAACUAUAGGCAUGUGGAAGCUACCACUGGCAGUGUCAGUGUCAGCUGCAGCUUGUGUGUGCCUCACAAACAAGGCUUUUUAGGGGUGAGGAGUGGAGAGUUUUGGGUUGGCAAAGGAACCACUGAUCCUAAGCCAGUCCAUUGACAGGCCCAAUCCAGGUCUCUCUGCUGUGUCAACCUGGAGCUGGUCCAGAAUGGUAUUUUCGUGCCACCCACCUUCUGCUCUGAUUGUCAUGAUUUCCAGUUGUACCCUCCAGGAGUUUGGAUUGUUCCCUUAAUAAAACAACAGUCUCUUUUAUCAUUUUUUACUGUACCACUAGAAUGGCAUGUGUUUUUUACUGUACCACUAGAAUGGCAAGAUUUUUCAUAAAUCAAUAAAAGAGCUUGGCUCUAAAUUUUAUUCAAACUAGAUCUCACCCCCUCAUCUUAAAUAGAAGCUAUACUGUGAUUAAAAUAAUAAUCACAAAUAUUCUGAUUACAAAUAUGGUCCAAUGGGGCUUUCGGUCCCACCUGCCUUAAUGGACGCAGCCCCCACGACAGCGGGGGAUCGCCAGCAAAUGAAAAACAAGGAUAACAGAGGGUAAAUCACCCUUGCAAAUUCCCUCCAGGGACAGGGGGAAUGGGCUUCACUCUUAGUUUGACUCGGUAUCUGGCUCUUGCUCCGGUAUGAGACAGGAGACCUUUAAUCUUAAUUUAGCAGCUUGCUUUUCUGUCUCUAACCAUGAGUCAACCUGGGAAGCAUGUAGAAUUGUAGAAAUAAAGUAAGUUACCCUUUCAGUGCAAAAACAGGAACAUUCCUAUUCAAGAUAACCUUUUCUAAGAAGCCAGAAGCUUUUCUUUUAGGAAUCCUAGGUGCAAAGAUUCCAAAUGACCAGAAGAGACUAUUUAUGUAUGUGACUUCAGCUGCCCGGACUUUGUUAGGUCAGAGGUGGAAAGAAAAUACAACCCCUACCAAGAAAGAAUGGCUAGUAGAUUCUUUAACAUAUUGUGCAUGCCUACUUCUUCCACUGGAAAAAAUGGAGAUGUUCUAAAUGUGUGCCAGAGAUGAUAGUUGCAUAUAAGACAAUCCUAGCUUGAGGCACAUUCAUUUGAUACCUGAUUCCUGAGAAGGCAGGAGGACACCUCAUUGUAGCACUUCUCCACCCCAUUAAAGCCUCGCACCAGUGUUGAAAAGAGGAUAUCCUGAGUCACCAAGAAGCCCCAUGCUGACAUUUCCAAAAAGUAGAAAAGAUCCUUGAACAAUCUGGUCCAAAUAGAUUCUUGCUAUCUUGGGUAGUUACCCUCACCUUGGUAUUAACCCUGGAAGAGAACAUCUGCUUCACACAUCCUCUGAUACCCAGUUGCACCUGAAGUAGAGGUGACAGAGUGUCCUAGAAGACAAAAGUGGCAUCUGGAAUGAAGUGAGAAAUAAGAAAGUAUAUUUACAUGGGACACAGGUGUGUUUCUUGGUAGCCAAGAGAAGGCACAAGGAGAUGGAGGUCAGGCUAUAACUACCUUACCCUUCUUGUCAGAUGUCCAGCUUAACAGGAGUUGCAGGUCUCCAGGGCCCUUACCAUUGAUUGAAAAAGAGUUGUUUAGUGAACUUUCCUCAAAAGCAGAGGUGUCUGUUAGGAGAGAAAUCCAAGUGGGAAGAGAGGUCUCAGAUUUCCUAGUUUUCAUGCAUGGGAUGUGGUUGCUGCCAGAAGAGGUGCCUACAAAUGUCUACCACAUAGCAAAGAUGGACCCACAUCUGAUAUCUUACAUCCUGGCUACAUUGUUUACUGUCCACUACAUUAUUUACUGUCCCAAACAAAGGCAAAUACAGGGCAGCCAUUUUGAGUAGCCAGUGUGGUGUAGUGGUUAAGAGCAGUAGAUUCGUAAUCUGGUGAACCAGGUUCGCGUCUCCGCCCCUCCACAUGCAGCUGCUGGGUGACCUUGGGCUAGUCACACUUCUGUGAAGUCUCUCAGCCCCACUCACCUCACAGUGUUUGUUGUGGGGGAGGAAGGGAAAGGAGAAUGUUAGCCGCUUUGAGAAUCCUUCGGGUAGUGAUAAAGUGGGAUAUUAAAUCCAAACUCCUACUCCUCCUCCUCCUCCUCCUCCUCUUCUUCUUCUUCUUCUUAGCAGCAAACACAUGCUUGCAAUUGCUUUCUGGAAAAGAUUCCUAAUUUAUAAGAACACGAACCAGGGUUUUGAAAAGGCAGGUCCCUGGUGGAGAGUUGUCUCUUCAGUUGAGAUGCAAUACACCUACAUACACAUUUCAAAAACAUAAUUUUACAUUUGUGUCUGUGCUUGCUUCCUUGAGUGUUAGAUUUGUGCUUGCAGCGAUAUUUCGUUUACACAAUGUGGGGUUAUUGGAGAACAUUUGCCGGUAUCUUGCCGAGUCAUUUGAAUUGCUUGCUGCUUUGUUGCACCCAACUGAUUUGUAGAAGGUUGCACUUGGCUUUGCACCACACUGAGUGUCGAUGAUAGAUCCUUGCCUGCAGUUAUGGGAAACCUGCAGAGGAGGGAGGGGGAGGAAGGGAAAGGAGAAUGUUAGCCGCUUUGAGACUCCUUAAAGGGAGUGAAAGGCGGGAUAUCAAAUCCAAACUCUUCUUCUUCUUCUUCUUCUUCUUCUUUGAUUUCCAGCAACCAGAUUUAUCAUACUGCGUUUCUGACUUAAGGCAAGGUAAUUCCGGUUCUUUGGGCUGGGAUGGUAAUGUAAUCCUGGCUUAGAAUGUAUGUGAUGAGAUUUAAUUGUUUUCUGGGGUGGGUGAAUUGAGCAUCGAAUUUCACAGCUUGAUAUUUUGCCUCGGCUUUGCUCUGAACAUUGGGGGCCCCUGGAAUCUUGCCUUGCUGCAUUCUCCUACAGCUGUUAAAGAAAGAUAGAAGAAACAGCUUCCUGACAUUGAUCUCUCUGGUAGAAAGUGAUCGGGGCUGGUCCUUGGUUUAAUGUUGUAUGAAUGGUGCAGGGACGCUGUGUGUCUCUCUGCAGGCGUUGAGCAUGGGAAUUCAUUCUGAGACCAAGAGGGUAGUGAAAACCUUUCUGUGCAUGGAUUUUCCCUCCUGACCCAUAGUUUAUCACAUGUAGCUCUGUUCGAAGUGCAAAACUGAGCAUUUUCCAUCACUUUGAGAACUUGUUAUUCCUAUUUGUGAUACUGGUUCUGUUGGCAUAGAAGGUGGCCUUCUUUAUAUUUUGAGGAAGGUUAUAUUUCACUCUUAUAUGUAUUGUUCUUUCAGAUCCACACCCCCAUUUUUUAUUUUCAUUAAGCUGUCAUGUGCUGUUAAGAUCAAGUUAGAGUCAAAAUCUAGGGAGAUAUAAAUACUGGGAAUGGGUUCUUCAGUAUCUUGGCUGCAUAAAAUGCUUGCAAACGCUUUGCUUUUGCUUCUAGGGCUGCGACUCCCAAAUGAGCAUGUCAGAAAUGUCCUGCAGUGAAAGUACCUCCUCCUGUCAGUCUCUGGCACAUGGCUCAGCUCCAGAAAUCCUCAUUGGACUGCUUUAUAAUGCCACAACUGGAAGACUAGCAGCAGAAGUGAUAAAAGGCAGCCACUUCAAAAACCUGGCAGCAAACAGACCACCCAGUGAGUGGAAUAUAUUUUUUUUAUCCUAAUACUUCUGCACUUGGGGGGAUUUCACUGGUGGGGACUUCAAUCCUAUCAUUUAGCUUUAUCCAGUCAAACUGAAAUACUGCAAUCAUCAGUUAAUCUGUUUCAUGUUUUAUAUUUCCAGUCAUUGGGGAAAUGGCAGAAAUCUAAAAUUCAAAAUAUUAGUUGUGAUUUGACAAGAUCCUUUUAAUUUUUCAUGACUGGCUGACUAAUAAAUUGCCUUUAUCAUAAUGAUUAAUUGCUAAACUAUUAAUGCCUCACAUCACAGAGCCAAUAUAAAAAGUUAUAAUGUAUUUUAAAAGUGUGUGCCAAUGAAUGUUUAUGUAAAUGUGUUGAUGCUACUGCGGUUAUGGAUCCUCUUGUAAGAGUUUAUCAGUCUGUGAGAGUUUAACUGAUACCGACAUGUAUAAUUUAGAUUUUAUAUUCUCAUAGUAUAAUAUGAUUUAUAUUAUAUUUAUUCCUGAUACCAGGUAUGAAGAAAUGUUGCACACUCUAGAGAUAGACAAAUAGGAAGACAGUCAUACGGUUUGUUCUUGGCUUCCUGCUUCUUCUUUGUAUGCGGUACUCAAACAACAAACCUGAGUUCAGACAUAAUGCUAAGCCAAACCAUGGGGUAGCAUUGGGUUGGACAGCAGUAGCAAGACCAGGAAGGAGCAAAGUGGCUGUGAUUUCUGCUGUGAGUACCCGUGUACUUGAACAGUCAUGCUGAGCCAUGGUUUGGCUUGCUGUUAUGGAUAAACUGGGCAAAUAAGGGUGCAAUCCUAAGAAAUUGCAGACCUCCCACUCCAUGGGUGGAGAGGGAGAUCUGCAGGCAGAGGAGAUCUACCCCAGAGGGAACUUCUGUAACUGGAAGUCUCUUCUGCAUCCAGUGUUUCUGCUGUGUUGGUAAGGGAAAGGGGGCAUGUCAGGGAAGAAUGAAAGAGACAUUGGAUCCACAUGAUCUCUCAUGCCCCUGGCAUGCCCCCAACAAUAGAUGAAAAGGAUGUCUUGGAACUUCCACAUAUCUUCCCUGCAGUGGCCUGGCACCCACCUACCAACCUAGUCAUCACAAGACUGUCAAGGCUCUGUUCUUCCACUGUGAAUUCUUCCUUUCCUGCCCCCACUAGACUGCUCCACCCCGUAGCCUCAGAUGGAGCUAGGAAUGUGUUUGAACUGGGCAUAAUUGAGUUCCUUUUGUUCACUUGUCGGAACCAGAAUGUGCAAGCGGGCCCAGGAAUCAGAUGUACAUUGUGCUAGCACCCAAAUUUAGCCCCUGGGAGCCACGCAUAUAUAAAUCAGUAAAGGAAAAAGUAAGCGGUAGAAAACCACAGUGGUAGUCGGAACCUAGGGAGGAGAAAAGACAAACUAGGUACGAUACUCAACAACCAUUGCUACCAAGAUGUUAAGUCGUAAGAACAUAAGAAGAGCUUGCUGGAUCAGGCCAAUAGCCCAUCUAGUCCAGCAUCCUGUUCGCACAGUGGCCAGCCAGAUGUCUGUUGGAAGCCUGCGAGCAGGAUAUGAGUGCAACAGCAAUCUCCCCUCCUGCUGUUUCCAGCAACUGGUAUUCAGAAGUAUUACUGCCAUGGAGAUAGUCGUUGUGGCUAAUAGCCAUCAAUUGCCCUCUCCUCCAUGAAUUUGUCUAAUCCUCUUUUAAAGCUAUCUAGGUUGGUGGCUAUCUCUGCUGCUGGGGGACUGAGUUCCGUAGUUUAACUAUGUGCUGUGUGAAGAAAUACUUUCUUUUAUCUGUCCUGAAUCUUCCAGCAUUUGGCUUAAUGUCCUUGAGUUCUAGUUUUAUGAGAGAGGGAGAAAAACUUUUCUCUGUCCACUUCUUCCAUGCCAUUCAUAAUUGUAUACACUUCUAUCUAUCCGUUUGGGUUGCUGCAAGCAUUAUUUUUUUAAAAAACAUUUCUAACAGUCUUGAACAUCCAAGACAAGAAAAAAGUUAUACGUGUUCUGCCCUAUACAGUGGUACCUCGGGUUACAGACGCUUCAAGUUACAGACUCCGCUAACCCAGAAAUAGUACCUUGGGUUAAGAACUUUGCUUCAGGAUGAGAGCAGAAAUCGUGUGGUGGCGGCAGCAGGAGGCCCCAUUAGCUAAAGUGGUACCUCAGGUUAAGAACAGUUUCAGGUUAAGAAAAGACCUCUAGAACAAAUUAAGUUCUUAACCCGAGGUACCACUGUAUCUUCUUCCAUUUUGUUUGAAAUGGACCCAUAUUACAGUCAUGAGUUUAGGAAUCUGGUGCCCUGAUCCAGAAUCUCCUUGCACAUGCAGGUGUUGUGAUCCACACACCAAUUUUUUAUGUCUGUUCAUUGCAGUGUUGGGAACAGAUCUAGGCACUAAUCUCCACUGUGUUUUUCACUCAGGCUUCCCUGACACUGUAGUUUGAGUAGAAAGCCUAUGCUUACAGGAGAGCUUUAUGGGUGCAUUGAAGCAGCCAUUAAGCUUUAGAUGGUCUGUGAUCACAUGAUUUUGCACUUUGGUGUAAUAAUUUAUUUCAGAUGAAUGAUGAUGUAAAGUAGCAUUAAAUGUACAAAUUAGUGUUGUGGUUGUUUUUUUAAAAAAAACAAAACACCCAACAACCAGUGUAUUGAUCAAACUAAUGUUUAAUCCAAUUAGCUUUCACCUUAUUGUUUGUAAUAUAUACAGGAUUCAAUUCAGUGACCGCUUACCCUUUUGUAAUUCCAUUGACCUCAAAUGAGGCUCCACUAGUUUGAGGUCAUUGAACUGACCCUUACUCAAAAAGCUGGAGUUUGCAUGAAAAAGAGGAUGGUCCGGUAAAGGUGACACUAUGAUUUCUGUAGUUUCGUAGUGUAAUCUUUUGCAUGAAUCUGUAUGUUCUGUGUUAGAAACACAAUAGAAAUUAAUACUAAAAUAUCCCAUUACUUGAAACGGUGUAAUUUUUUUCCCUGUUAAAGAUUACACAGUGACCUUACAGAAUUCAUUUCAUUCAAUUGUACCUGCCAAUCCUUUUGUUUGGUCCCUCUCUCUAAACGGAUUUGUUAAGGUUUCAUUUUCUUCCACUCUAGUGAAUAGUGUUUCCUCUUAAACUUUAACCUUUGAUCCUCUCUCACCCAACUAUUGACAUCUGGUCAUUAUUUCUUUUACUGCUUUCCACCCCCUGUUGUCAGACGGACUGUUCUGUUGUCUAAAACACUUGAUAGGUGGACAGGUUUAUAUAAUACGAGGUGAGUUCCUGUAGAGACUAAUUGGAUGUUGUCUUUUUCAUGCAAAAGAAAGUUGCCAGCAGCAAAGCUCUCCACCACUCGCCACCAUGUUGGUUUCUGACAAUUUACCUUAAUUAACUAUUUCACUCUUAUAAUGGAGAUAGACCAAAUCUCUGACUGGAUGAUGGUAUUUCAAAGAUCUGAAAAUUAAAAUGUGAAGUCUAACGGGUAAGCCAAAAAAGAAGACACAAAAACUGUCUGUUUCUAAAUACCGUGAAAUACAAAUAGGGAUGCAGCAUGCUGCAUUCAGUGGCCGUGAGUGUAUUUUCCCAGACAAAGUGGAAAACACUAUAAUGAAACUGAUAGUUUUUGGUGUCAAAUGUUGUAUUAAUGAAUUCAUGUCCACGAUUCAGUAGCUCUGGUGCACAGAUAGAGGCUUUCCUGUUCUCUUCUAUCAACAUUGGAAUAUAUCACCCUGUGCAGAUAGGAUUUUGGAUCGUGGCCUGAAUAUCUGAGCUAUUGUUAUAGCAUAGUACUUCUUAAAAGCACUAUAAAGCAACUGUGCCCAAAUAAUUUAACAAAACAACACAUUGAAUAUUAAAAAUUAGACAUGAAGAGAGAGCAUUACUCAGAUGAGUAAACAUCAGCUUGUCAAUGCAUUUUGUUUUUUGGCAUUUUAAAUAUUCACAAAUGAAAGAAAAAACUGACAACCCUUGAACCACAUCCAUGCAGAGAAUUUUUCCCUAGUAAACAUUUCAUUCUGAGCACCCAUGACGUCAUCACUGCACUCCACCUCAUACAUAUAUUUUUACUUGUAAAUUAUUUGUUUAUUUCAUUUCUCUUUUUAUCCACCUGUUUACAUUAUCUGAAAACUCUGAAAUGCUUUACAGUGUUGUGGCCAGUUGUAGCUUGCUGAGUGUUAAUGCUACACAUGUCUGCUUUAUGCAACUGAGCAGGGGGUGAAUGGAUAGAAGGAUUAUGAGGUAUACCUUUAAGUAAACUUGUUAUGUAAGGAUAAUGCAAUUAAGUAAAAGUUGAAUGUCAAUGUUUACUUCCUUUUUUAAACAUGGCUUAAGUUUAGUCAACUACUCAAAAUCCAACAUGGUAUACGCCAUAACCUUAAAGAUAGACUGGUGUAUUUUCAUAGGAGAAAUCCUUUGUCUAAAGCAUCUUAUGCAUGACAUUGUUUAUUUUGUAGAUACAUUUGUUAAGCUGACGUUGCUGAAUUCUAUGGGCCAAGAGAUGUCCAAAUGCAAGACAUCUAUCCGAAGAGGGCAACCGAAUCCAGUCUACAAAGAGACCUUUAUUUUCCAGGUGGCACUGUUUCAGCUUUCUGACGUUACACUCAUAUUGUCUGUGUACAAUAAACGCAGCAUGAAACGAAAGGAAAUGAUAGGCUGGAUUUCUUUAGGUUUGAACAGUUCUGGCGAAGAGGAACUAAAUCACUGGACUGAGAUGAAGGAAUCCAAAGGACAACAAGUAUGUAGGUGGCACUCGUUGUUAGAAUCUUAAUGAGUAGUUGUGGCUCCACGUAAUGUCAGGAUUCCACGAGGCUGCCCCGCAGGUGCAACCAAGAGAAAGUGUUGCAGAAGUUACAAUUCAACAUUCCACUUUUACAGAUGCACAAAAUGCCGUGGAGCAGAAUUUACUUUUGCAUCUUCAGUUGACACCACUGAGUUCAGGUAACAUGCACUGGACGCAGAAGAAAGAGCAAUCCCAAGUCCUUAUUUUGAUGCUUUCAGGAUUGUUUUGGUUCACAUAUCAGUUUUCCAUUUAACUAAUAGGUAUUUUGUGUAAAUCAUCUACUAUUGCAAAAUUCUCUGAUUGUGUUUGUUUUCUUAGAGGUGCUAUGCUGUGUUAUAUAUGACUUGUCAAGAAGCAGAUUUAGAGAGCUGGGGGAGUAGUUAAAUAGUGGAACACAAAAAUUAGAAUGUUGGCACACAGUAGUUGGAACAUUGCUUCCCCACCCCCUUAGGAACUUACCAUUUCCUUAACGGAGUUUAAUUUUGAAGAACAACAUGCAAGAGCACUCCUGCAUGUUGACUGCUUAUCAGAUACACAAACAGCUCCUCUGUGGUGCCUGCUUUAGGCUGGGGGUUGUAACUCCCUAUUCGCUCCCAAGAGCGGAAGUUGUUAGAAUGAUGAAUCACUGCUAAUGGUGUGCAUAAACCCAUCACAAUUCAUCCCUGGCAAACACCUUUUUGUGUUGUUUCAGGAGCUUACAGACUUGUUUGACCGGUGGCAGCAGUGAGAGAAAAGAAAAAUGUGUGUGUACACCAUGGGAAGGGAAGCCUCUCUCAAAAAACUUUCUGCUCUCUUGAACUAUUGUGAGAGUGCCAAUUUACCAUGCAGGAUCCUCUUGCGUGUCGUUUCCUUGGAUCUGUCAAAUCAGGUCUCAAUAUUUUUGGCAUUGAUCAAAUUGUCUUUGAGUCCACCUCAGGAAUAAUCUCCACUUUAUGCAGCAAUCAUUUUUUGUUUUGCGGAUCCCUCACAGGCCUAUUUAGACAGGUUGAAAACACAGGAUCUAAAGAGCUGCACAACUAAUUCAGUGUGCCUAAAGGAGCUUUAGACAUGUGUUUCUCAAAUAGCAGCCCUCCAUGCUUUGAAACUGAGAGGAAUUUUCGCAGUAUAGAGGUCGAGUUAAAAAAAAAAAAAAGUUUCACUGCAUGAACAGAAGCACCAGGACACAACUAAAUUCACCCUAUUUCCCCCAGUAGUAGAGCAUGGUUGAAAUCCUGUAUGCAGUUUCUGGCAAGUCUCACUGAUACCAGUGGCAUUUUUGUUUAGGUAGCAGACUGCAGGACUACAGCUGAUAACUUUACUAAAAUUUCUUUGUCAUUAAAUCAGUUGGUCUUUAUAUGAACCUUGUAUUACGAACCUUUGAAAAUUCAAAGGUGAUAAAAUCUAAGGAUUAAAACAGCUGGGAAUAAGGACUUGGGUAAUCUUAGAUAAUAAAUAAGGGAAAUAAACUUCUAUGACAUCUGUCAGUUUAUUUAACCUCAGCAAUGUGUUAAUCAUAAUAUAAAUCUUGGAAAGGCAGCUUCAUGCAUUAUGAGAUUUGAAGCACAAAGGAAAGUAUGACUAGAGUCUGCUAGUUUUAAAGUUCUUGCAAUAAAUUGUUUCACCACUUUCUGUUUCAUCUACUGGUAAAUUUCAGGGAUUCUGUGUGAUACUGAAGCUUUUCUUGAGGAUGAGGUUGGCAUCAUGAUUAAAAAUUAGUACAGUUUAAAUAAGCACCUAGAACUUCUAUUAUGCAUAUCUGAGGAUGGAAUCUCUAUCUGUUGCAAGUGUUGUCAGAGCUCAUGAAUUCUUAGUUAAGUGCCAGAUUCAGUUAAGAUUUCUGGAUGAGGCGAGUCUGUGAAAAAAGAUUCAUGUUUCCUUUAUUUAUUUAGAGUGAGCUGAUUGAGAAAGUGCAUAUUUAUCACUGUUUUCUUCACAAUAUUUUUGAAUGCCGCUAAGUUUGAGAUCCAGUUUUUGCAUGAAUGGAUACAAGUGCAUCAUAUGAAAUAUUUGCAAUGUUCCCAGUCUCAAAAUUCUUAAGAACCUCCUUAAAAAUUCCCAGCUGUUGUCUUGAAAUUGUUAUUCAGUGCCUUUCAUGUUUCACCACUUAAAUUUGUAACUGUAAUGCGAUGCUGAACUGGAUGAUUUAAGUCUUGAUUGAUUCAAAGAUUUACCAAAUGAAUUUUCCUUCCUGUGUUGCAUGAAGAGUAUGGCACACAAAAUAUAAUUUGUUAAAAGAAAAUCAUUCAGGAACUUUUGCAAACAUAAAUAAUGUUAAUAGUUGUUCAGUAUAGAAUAAUCUUUCCAGUUUUGUUUCUUAUUGAUUUCGCAGUGCAUCCUUAUACAAGCCUUAUUACAAGAUUUUUUGUUUCAGAAGUCCUUACUUUACAACCUUUUUGUUAAAAUGGAGACACUUGGGAUCUACUUGUAGAUCUAAGCCUCCAGUUCCAAUAAGGCUUACCAGAAAAUAAGUACUAUUGAACUCAUUUAAACUUCUGAGUAAGCAUAUUUAGGAUUGCUCUGUAAGACUUGCACUGUCAUAGUGCCUUGAAGAUUGGAUUAUGCAUUCAUACAGAGAAGGAGCAGACAAAUAAACUGUGGCUUCAUAACAAUAUUCCUAAUUUUAAAAAUGUAUUACUUGGUUGGUGAUUAUGACCUAAGAGAUUCCUAAUUCACAAAGUUGUCUAAUCAGGAUUGUACCUCUGCAUAUUCUUUGCUUUUUAAAGUGCAGUAUAGAUACAGCUAUUGAGUAAUUCUGCUAAAAGGCAAGAUAGAAGUGAGCAGAGUAUUAUUUUUUUAUGAACGUUGUUUGUCAUAUUAACACCUUUGCCCUAAUUUUCACAUUGGUUGCCUUGUUUGGAAAUUACCUUGUACACAUAAAGCAUUUGAUGGGU